GCAGCGCGGAGAGAGACGGGCAGGCGCGUCAGGGUUGCAGGGGAGUGAUUGGAGAGGUACCGUCAGGCUGCGAGGAGAGCGUGAGGCGGGCUUUGGGCGCCGCCGGACUGAAGAGAGCAGCCCCUUCCCUCUACCGGCCGCGGGCUUGCGGACCGCUCUGGGUAGCCCUUGACUCCAAGCUUUCUAUCAGCAGCACUGGAUGAGAAUUCUACAACUUCCUAGAGCUCACUAACGUGGCCAGCAGUAAUGGAUUUUGUGAUGAAACAAGCCUUAGGGGGGGCCACGAAGGACAUGGGUAAAAUGUUGGGAGGAGAAGAGGAAAAAGACCCUGAUGCCCAGAAGAAGGAAGAAGAACGACAAGAAGCCUUACGCCAGCAAGAGGAAGAGCGCAAGGCAAAGCACGCCCGCAUGGAGGCUGAACGGGAAAAGGUUCGGCAACAAAUCCGUGAUAAGUAUGGCCUGAAGAAGAAAGAGGAGAAAGAGGCAGAGGAGAAGGCAGCCCUGGAACAGCCCUGUGAGGGGAGCCUGACACGACCCAAGAAAGCCAUCCCAGCUGGCUGUGGAGACGAGGAAGAUGAGGAUGAGGAGAGCAUUCUGGAUACAGUGCUCAAGUAUCUGCCAGGUCCAUUGCAGGACAUGUUCAAGAAGUAGCCGCCAUACCAGCCCAAAUCCUACCCAGAGUUUCCUGGUGUUGCCGAUUCAACACUCGGUUCAGGCUUUGGGGUGGUGAAGGGACUUUCUUCUGGGGUUUCAUGGGGCAUUUUCCUUUCCAGUUUUUGUUUCAAGGGGAGACUUCACACAUGUCUUUGUGCCACAGGACUUUCCCAGGCCUUCUUCUCGGUCCCCAAGAGAAGCACAUCAGGCACGGGACAUACUCCCUCCUC